CAAACCCUUCGUGACUUUGAAGCCCACAAAACAGAAACUGAGAGAGUGUCCAAAAAGAAACGAAGAAAACAUUGCUGUUGGUCCCUGGAUUCCACUAUUGGAUUUUGGUGGGGAUGAGAAGAGGGAACCGCGGGGUGUGGUCGAGCAAAGUUUAGCUGAGCAGUAAGAUCUUAAAGAAUGCGUUCUAGAAGCAGUGUCAGGGAGAAGAGCUCGGCUCACGAGGCAUUUCCCAGACGAAUUAAAGAGCACAGUUCCCAAAGAUGUGAAGACAGAAAGCAGACACAGCCCAACAAAGACCCCCAGCGGGAGCCAGACGCAAUCCUUCCUAGUCCCAAGCCACACGGUGGUAACGGUCACCAACAAGAAGAUCUUUCAAGAGACGACUUAUUGUUUCUUCUCAGCAUUCUGGAAGGAGAACUGCAGGCUCGAGAUGAAAUCAUAACCAUUCUAAAGGCUGAAAAAGUGGACUUGGCUUCCUUGGAAGCUCAAUAUGGGUUUGUCACUCCAAAGAAGGUGCUGGAGGCUCUCCAGAGAGAUGCUAUUCAAGCAAAAUCUGCCCAAUGGAAAGAGGACGUCUAUGAAAAACCAAUGAAUGAGUUGGACAAAGUCAUGGGAAGAUAUAAGGAAUCAUACAGACGAAUCCUGGACCAGCUUUUAAUGGCAGAAAAUUCUCACAGACAAACCAUACUGGAGUUGGAGGAAGAAAGGAGAAAACACAAAGAAUACAUGGAGAAGAAUGAUGCGUUCAUAAGUUUACUAGAACAGGAAUAUGAAAG